CUCUCUCUCUCUUUUUCUCUCUGUGGGUAUUGCAAUUGCAGGGGUCUUCGUUUGCCGAGAAUUCUGCAGUUCACGGUCUUCCCGGCGAGAAAAUGUCGUCCAUCGGAACGUCGAAGGGCAUCCUGGAGAUCGCCAAGUUCGGCGUCUACGUGACGGUCCCCAUCGUUCUCAUGUACGCCUUCGCCAACAACUCCAAGAAUCUCCAGAAAUUCAUGGGCACUAAAUCUUACGUGGUAUACCCACCUGAGGGACCGAGGCCGCCUUCGCCAGAAGAGCUGAGGGAAAUGGCAAGAGAGAUUGCUCGCAAGAGAAACAAUCAAUAAACAGCUUCUCUCUGAUGCGGGUCGGAGUUUCUCCGCAUACUUGUUUGUAUUAUGCGAGAAACAAUAAGCUUGUACGUGUUAUAAUUUCUUAGUGAAGUCACCCUCAUUCUCCUUCCCAUCCCAUCAAGUAAAUAGAAGCAAUUAAAGGAAAGGUUCGUGGAUGUAUGCGAUGUAUGCUUGCUGUUGUGAUGGAUUUACCCAUUGUUUCCUCGUGUAUACCAUCUCAAUUUCGAGAAACCUUUGCCAGAGAACAGGAUUGAAGAACCAUGGAAUGCUAGGUUCGA